AUGGGUGGUGCUGCUGUCUGCCUUUUGACCCAUGACCCAAAUCGAAGGACAGAAGAUGUGGAUUUAGUGAUCCAUGUGGAUCAGCGCCAGAUUACAGCGGACCGGCUAACCACCCAGCUUCUCACAUCAUUCCCAUCUGAUUUCGGUCCGGUUAACCAAUUUGGCCACAUCAUUCCGGCUUACAGACUCCGCUUGCCGGGAGGCAAGGAGCAACUGGUGGAACUUGAGGUGUUUGAUUACCAAAGCUGGCCACAGCGGCCUCAGUACAAUCUCCAGACUGCUAGCCGAAGGACAUUGACUAUCAAUGGAUAUCCAGUCAAGACAUUCAGUCCUGAAUGGAUUCUGCGUGAGAAAAUUUUGUCACAGUAUCAGCGGCAGGGCCCAAAAGCACAGACUGAUAUUCGUGAUGUGGAACGCUUGAUCAUUUUCGCUGUACCUGGCACGCCGGAACUUGACUUCAGUCAUACUGAAGAGUUGAAAGCUGCAUUGGCAGAUCUUCUGAAAAAUUGGCCAGGAAUGCAACAGGCCCUAAAGCAAAAGAUCAAUUGCCCAGCAAUCUUCAAUAACUGGUACGCCCCAUUGUCGUCCUUGUCAGAAUGA